AUAAUAGCAAGCAAUAAUUUCUGCGCAGUUUAGAAAAAAAAAUGAGACUUAAAAUCCACAAGAGAAAUGUACUGGCAUUUCUGUUCGCCACUUUAAUCGCGCUCUUCCUGCUGUUUUCCAUACGGAGGAACGGCCAGUCUGGCGUGGACAGCAGCAGGGCUGAUGUCCACAGUAAAGAGCUGGGUGCUGAUGAUCAUGAUGUCCAGCAUGCUGGCUACACGCACAAGUUCUACUAUGAUACCAUUUUCAACAUGAAGAAGUCUGUGUACGAAGGCAACUACAGGCAGCUUGUCCAAAAUGCUGACAAGUUCCCUGGAGAUCCCCAAUUGGUGGUAGUGGUGCAGGUUCAUAACCGGCCCGCUUACCUCAAGAUGCUGGUGGAUUCCUUCCAGAAGGCCUCGGACAUCCAGAACGUCCUUCUGAUUUUUAGCCAGGACUAUUUCUCCGAGGAAAUUUCCAACAUAAUACAAGGGAUAACUUUCUGCAGAGUUUUGCAGAUAUACUUUCCGUACAGCACGCAGCUCUACCCAUUUGAGUUCCCUGGACAGGACCCCAAGGACUGCCCUAGAGAUGUUUCCAAGGACACUGCUGUUCGAAUGAAAUGUAAUAAUGCAGAGUACCCAGACAGUUAUGGGCACUACAGGGAGGCCUCUUUCACGCAAACCAAACAUCACUGGUGGUGGAAGCUGCACUUUGUGUGGGAGAGAGUCCGGACUCUGCAGGGCUACAGCGGGUAUGUCUUGUUUCUCGAGGAGGACAAUUACCUGUUGCCCGAUUUUGUUCACUUCUUCAAGGGAAUGACAGAACUCAAGAAGCGCGAGUGCCCUGACUGCGACUUACUUGCGCUGGGCAAUCACGAGAGCUCGGUUCAGUUUGAAGAGAUGACAAAUAAGCUGGAAACUUCAGGGUGGCUGUCCACCAAACACAAUAUUGGCAUUGGUAUGUCCAAGGACCUUUACUACAAGUUGAUGGGGUGCAAUGCUGAGUUCUGCACUUACGAUGACUACAAUUGGGACUGGACUCUCCAGAAUCUUUCUGGGAUGUGUCUGUCCAAAACGCUCAAGGUUCUGGCAGCCAAGGCCACCAGAGUUUUGCACACAGGAGACUGCGGCCUACAUCAGAAGGACAGCUGCCGGUCUGAGCUUGCACUCCAAAAAGUUCAGGAGGUCCAGGAAUUGGCGAAAAAAUCCCUUUUUCCCACUUCUUUGGUCAUAAGCAACCAGGAAUCAGUGGAGAACAAAGCUCAUGUGAAAAAUGGAGGCUGGGGAGACAUUAGGGAUCAUUCAUUGUGCAAAAACUAUGCCAAAGUCCUGUGAAAACUUUUUUUUUUUUUUUUUGGUAUGGUUAGAGGGAGCACUGUGGUGUGAGGGUUCAUUUCUGGUCACAGCCAAAGAUUCUCAACUUUCAUAGGUUGAUACAACUUUCAGGUAAUGAAAUUACCUCAAGGUCGUGUGUCUUCUAACUGCUCUCUCAGGAUAGUCCUGUUGGCUUGGGGCCUGCAGGGAUGCCUUGUCUGCCAUGUUAAUGUUUCCUUUUCCUUUUUUGGGUAAGAGGGAUAAAAAUUGAUUUCCCACCCCCCAGCAGGCUUAUAGAUUCUCUUGUCCUGUUACACCUGCAUAUGUAAGAUUUGUAAUUUAGCAGGUUUCAGAUCACACAGGAACUUGUUAAUGAUUACCAAAGAUUGUUUUUUUUCGUUUUUAAAGACUCAGAUUCUUGACACAGCAUUUCUAUCUUUGUUUACUUUUUUGGGGGAGGUGGUCUUUAAUAUGUAUGUAGUGAUUUAAAAUACUGUAAACUUUGGUAGAAUGUUUAUAUGUAUGUAAUGUCGUGUUGGAGAACAUGUUUACUCUCCAGUUUUUCAGGUUUCAGUUACUAUGGUUCAGAUGACAAGUUGCAAGGCCCCUUGUAGGAGGGUUUCAGAUUUAACAGUUUUGCAACAUUGUGUGAUGCAAUAUUAAAGGGGUGGAAGUAUUUGGUGAAUCAUUUUUAGCACUGGGAAUUCCUGCUUUAUUUAUACAGGUUAUUAGGAUGUCUUCAGAUGGGUCUUCUCACACAAGAUAGCAUUCUGUUUUUAGCAGUUAGAAUGCAAAACUGUCAUAGGAAAACCCUUUGGAGUCAUUUAAUCAGUGCAAUAUUGUAAUAAAUUUAAUGUGAAUCUUUUUUUUUUGUGACGAAGAAUGUGUGUGGGAGAAUCAUUCUGUAGUUUUUUUUUUUUUUUUUUUUGGUAAUUGUUUGGCUAAGAAAUAUACUGACUUAUACAUUGAUUUUGGGAGUUUAUUAUUAUUGUACACUUGAGGGGGGUUUCCUAUUCAGUUGUAUAUGGGAGAUGACAAAUGACUGUAGCUACUUAAAUGCUGGACAAUGCUGAACUAUGCAAUUAUUUAAUAUGUACAGUAGGGAAAAACCUCAAGUAUUUUUCUGUAUUGAAUUCUGGUAGCCAAUGAUUAUACAUUAAAUAAAGUGAUUCUGUAUG